AUGGAAAAAAAUAGUGGUAUAAAGCAGCAUGACAAAUCAAUUUCACAUAAAUUAUGUACGACUAAAUGGGAAGAAUACAAAAUGACUGAAAAAACUGGAAAAUCUGUUUUAACUCUUAUUAAUAGAGAAAAUGAAACAGUUAUAAAAGAAAAUCGUUAUUAUAUUGCAACUGUUGCGGAAAUUUUACUUUUUACAGCCUGUCAAAACAUUGCUCAACGUGGAGAUAAUGAAAGUAGCGAUAGCAUAAAUAAAGGUAACUUCUUAGAACUUUUAAAUUUUUGUGCUAAAAGAGAUACUAGUAUACAAAAUGAAUUAUUCAGUAUUAUGAGUCAAAUGGUCAUAGAAUCAAUUGCAAAUGAGUUGCAAAAAUCUAAGUACUUUUCAAUUUUGGCUGAUGAAACUAAAGAUUUAAGUAAAACUGAACAAUUAUCAGUAAUGGUACGUUAUUUUUACAAUAACACGGUAAAUGAACGGUUUUUGGGGUAUGUGCCAUGUUCUGAACUAAAUGCCAAGACGCUGUUUGAAUUUAUUAAAAUAACUUUAUCUGCUUGUGGGAUUAAUAUUCAAAAUUGUAUAACUCAAACNAAUAUUCAAAAUUGUAUAGCUCAAACUUACGAUGGCGCUUCCGUAAUGAGUGGUACUCAAAAUGGUGUGCAAGCAAUUUUUCAAAAGGAAGUUCCAAAAGCAUUAUACACACAUUGUUAUAAUCAUCGCUUAAAUUUAGUGAUUGUGGAUGUUUGUAAAAACGUACCAGAAAUUGAAAAAUUUAUAUCACUUCUUCAACAGUUGUAUAACUUCAUAAGCAGAUCUACAGUACAUAUGGCUUUCUUAGGUAUUCAGAAAGAUUUAUUUCCUAAAAAAAAUACAGUUGAACUUAAAAAGUUAUGUGACACGAGGUGGAUUUGCCAGAUAUCUUCAUGUAUUGCUGUUAGAGAAACAUUUUCUGUUAUUCUAGUACUUCUAAAUAAAAUUAGCAUUGAAUCAAAAUGCGAAAAAAGUAUGGAAGCAAAAUCAAUUUUGAUUCAUAUUAAUUUUGAAUUUAUUUUUUGUUUACACCUCUUUUGUGAUACAUUUAGUCAAAUAAAAAUUGUUUUUGAUUAUCUACAACUACCCAAAUCAGAUUUAGGUAUAAGUUGUAUAAUGGUCGAAUCAUUGAUAGAUUAUCUUAAACAAUUCCGAACAGUUGAUAAAUUAUUUGAUUUGCUUUUGGAAAAAGUUGUUUUGUUUGCUGAAAUUAAUAACAUCCCGUUACCGGAAGAAAACACAUAUAGAAGAACUUUUCGUAAAUUGACUGCUAAAUUUGUAUCAUAUAUUACAGAACUACCGAUUUCUGAAAAUAGGGAGAUUAUGAGUAAGAAUGAUGUAAGGACAAUUAUAUUUUUUCCAGUAAUUGAUCGAAUGAUCAAUGAAUUACAAAGAAGAUUUUCUGAUAAUAAUCCAAUAUUAUCUGGUAUUAGUUCCUUAAAUCCUCAAAAUAAAUCUUUUUUAGACUUGCAAGUAUUAUUACCUUUUGCCAAACACUAUGAAGUGGAUAUUGAAAGCUUGGAAUCUGAAUUGAAGUUAAUACCCAAACUCAUAGAUAGACAUCAAAAAGAAAAAGAAAAAAAAACUAAAACUAAUACUAUACUUGAUUUCAUAUAGUUGCUUGAAAAUUACAAAUUGGUCUUUUCUGAACUAUAUUUGUUAUGUACUAUAGCAAUUAUCAUACCUCCUUCAAGUGCCGGUGUUGAGAGAACAUUUUCUAGUCUCCGACAAAUUAAAACUUAUAUGAGAAGUAAAAUGAUCAACACAAGAUUAUCAGAUAUAGCAGUUCUUUCAAUAGAGAAAAAUAUUUACAAAAACCUAGAUUUGGAAUUCAUUGUGGUCAAAUUUUCUGCUGCUCAUCACAAUCGCAGAAUGCUUGUUUAAAAAAAUCUUAUAUUUUUCAUUGAUUGUAUUUUCAUUUUAAACAUUAUUAGUGUGUUAAAAUUUUAUAUUAUAUGCAGUAGGUUAUGCAAAAUUAAUUAGUGUAUUAUAUAUAAAUCAUUACAUUUUUUUUUACCAAUA